AUGAUGCUACGGAAUAAAAUACAAUAUCAACAUAUACUAUCGUCAACUCUCUUACUAUGCAUUUUAAUAGCAAUAAGUAAAGUAGAAGCUCACACAUGUGGAGAAAACAAGAUUCCCUUCGGUCUGGAAGUGUCCAGGGACGGCCAACCAGCAUUACUAUGCUCUAAGCCCGAUUGCUUUGAAAAGACAUAUGCGGUAGGUUUGAUUCUAUUUUUUAUAUAAAUAGGGUAGAGUAAGGUUUAGAUAGGGUAGGGUGAAGUACAACAUGGCAAAGUAUACGUAAGGGUUUGGUACAUUAAGGCGGGGCACGUCAAAGGUGAACACAAAAGACCAGCCCAAGGCCUUGAUUUAGGUAAAACCUAAGUAGGUGCAAUACAGUAUGCCUAAGGAGAGUCUACGAUAAGACUGGAAUAGAGAAAAAUGGAGAUAGGUAGGGCAUGGUUAAGAUAUAACGGCUUGUGGUACGGAUAGAAUAAGAAUAAGGGUUACAGGGACGGUUAGGAAUAGAGGUGGGGGUAAUAGUAGAGUUAAGGGUAAAAACAUUCGUAGGGGCAGAUACUGUAACAAAAACGGCGCCAAAUUUCAUUUUUAAAGCAAAAAUUCCAGGAUUGCGAUGAACGAGCGUUCCGCCGUUCCUGCGACAAGCACAGUUGGCUAGGAGGCUUUGACAAAUCCUAUGGCAAACAUCAACCGUACGUUUUUUUUCAAAAAAAUUUAAAAUUUAAUAUAAAAAAUUUUUAAAAAUUGAAAAUUCCGUUCUUAAUCCCCCCCCCCUCCUCAUCCCAAAAAUAAAAAAUAAUCUCCAGUCUGUACCUACAAUGCUGUGACUUUGACAACUUCGACCAAGUCGCCGAACCCCUCUACCACAAUGUACGGGUGCGCCCUGGGGAGUUCUUCGAAGGCGAAGAGAUUCAAGACAAGGCUAGCGAAGAGACAGUGGCAUUCGAUGUUAUCACCAAUAUGCGAUUAGUUCGAGGACCUGAUAGAAAGUAGGUUUUUAUAUUAUUAUUUAUAUUUUGAGAUUUUUUGUGGUGAGACCAAAACAUUUCCCAAAAAGAACAGACAUAGUACCAAAAGCUUUAGAAUAGUACAAAAACAAGAUAUUUUUAGCUUACAGUUCAUAUUAUAGAGUUCUUAAGUAAUAUAAUUUAAGUGAACCUCAAUUUUCAACAGUUUUACAAAAAUUUAAUGUUUUCGUGGUGGGAUGAAAAAAAAAUUCAACUCCUCAAUACAAAUCGCGUAUUUUACAAAAAAAAAAGUUUUUGGGCCAGAAGAUCUAUCAAGUUUCAAUUUUUAAAAGGUUUUUUUACAAAGUCAUUUUUUCGUGGCAGGACCAUCAUUUGGCUAUACCUCCAGUGGAUAUACCUAGACCCUUGUAUUCGUUGUUCAAAUAAUUCCUUUGCUUACAUUUGACGUACAACACCUUUAAAAUUUAAUAUCUUUCAGUGUCUCCUACGAAAUCGACGUUGCUCGCCUAAGAUGCGCGGAUAUUGUCCGCAGCAAAAAGUACAAGAACUGGUCUUGGCCAUAA